AAAAGCCAAUUCUAAUUCAACGGGCAAGUUCAAGACACGUGCGUACCUCGUACCUCGUACCUAACGUAUAGCAGCUUCUAAGUUAGUGUGGUUUACACUAGAGCUGUGUUACCGUGGGGCAUCAAAAGACCAGGAAGGGCCCCACCUCGAAAUUGUCAGGAAGGCUAGCUCGUGAUAUCUUCCGUCAUCCCAGACUCCACAAAGACUCGAGCAAAUCCAAAAUUCUUACUCAUACGUUGAACUACCUAACCUUUCUAAUAUCCGCGAGACGGACCCUUAGCAUUACGAGGCCACCUUUAGGCGAAGAGGCUGUUACCGAAGAUAGGCAAACCUUUCAUUCGAGAAGGAUAGACCGCCUUAAUAAGCUCUUUGCCAAGGCCAGGAUUCUCCGAUCUAGCCCCUGCUGCAUCAUUUCUAUACACAAUAUACAGACAUGGCGCAAACGAUCAAGAGUUCUGCGCACGUCGGUCCGUCGCCUCUAGGAGGCAAGCCGUUCGUGUCGAAAUGGUCUUCCCGAUAUAGAGGAGCUACAGUACAAGAUCUCGAGCCUCCCGCAGCUCUCUCGCUAAACCCCUCGGACCCCGUCUCGCUCGCCCUAAUCUCAUCCUUCGAGCGCGACUACACGCACCUGACGAUUGUAGACUCGGAGACUCGUGCGCUGCUAGGCUACGUCGCCAUACCGGUGUUGCAGGCACAGCUCGAGACGGGCAAGGUAAAACCCGAGGACCCCAUCUCCAAAGCCAUGGCGCACUUCGAGCGCAAAGGCAAGAAGUACAAGGUCAUCACGAUGGCCACACCGCUAGAGGAGCUCGAGGAGUUCUUCGAGGGCGGCGCUUCUGGCAUCGGUCAGAAGCAGGAGUUUGCUGUUGUAACCGACGAGGAUAGGAGAUUCGUCCUCGGGGUUGCCACGCGGAGUGAUCUGGAGGAGUUCGUCAAGAGAAGACCAGCGUGAUGGAUGAGUGAGUGGAUGUAGCGCCUAGGAGUUAAUCGACGUGAUCUAGACGGGGUUCGAUAUCAGGAGGGUAUGGCAAGCAAUGGGCUAAGAUCGGGUAAUUAAGGGAAAGGCGCUAUAGGAAGAAGGUACUUUAUCACACCGGGCUCGAGAUUGUUACGGAGCAUUCCUUACAUUGAGGGAUUCAACACCUCGGGCUGGUUAUGCUAUAGGGGCACCGUUCAACAUGAAAUGGAGGCCACAUUCGAGCAAAGACGAAGUCGCAAAUUGUACGUAAUACGCUUCAGAUUGCGAGCCAACACGAAUAAUUCUACCGUAAUAUAGACAUUCAUAUUUACUCCCUUAAAUAUCACUCGCUCGAGUAGCUCGCCCCAACUCACGGCUAGAUGAAGAGUGAGUGCUUCACACCCGAGAAACUCUCAAUG